AGAUAUUUAUGACAGAUUUAUCACUGCGACAGUUUGUUAGCAGACGUAGAUGUUUAUCAGGAGUUGAAGCCCCCAACUAUUCGACCUGCAACCACAAUUAUAGUUAUAGUAAUAAUAAUAAUAGUAAUUUAUUGAACGACGGCGAGAAUACUUGUCCAGUACCUGAAGCAUCAGCUGAAAUUCCGAAGGAGAGCAGCCAAGAUAUGAUGGAGGAUUUCCGAAAGUUACCACAUAAAUUUCGCUAUGGUAUGACGCACAAAAGGUACAAAGAAUUGCGACCCUGGAAAUUUGUUUCUUUAGAGUCAGAGUCAAUAAAUUCAGAGACAGAAUUUUCAUUCAAAAUAUUGUCCUUUAAUAUCCUCGCACAAAAUUUAUUAGAAUCUCAUAAUUAUUUAUAUGAAAAUCAUCAUAAAGUUGCACUAAAAUGGGAUGUGAUAUGCAUACAAGAAAUGCAAAUGGAGCAUUUAGAAGAAUUCCUGGUACCGUUUCUGGAACAAGGAUUCGAUUUUUUGUACAAAAAACGCACAAAUGACACCCGAGACGGGCUGCUGCUCCUGUACCAGCCGAGUUUGUUCAAAUUGGAAGACUACGUCUACGUAGAGUACCAUCAAACAAGUGAAGAUAUCCUCAAUCGCGACAAUGUUGGUAUUGUCGUUAAAUUCUCUCUCACGGAAAGCCCUGAUUCUUGUGUCGUCAUUUCUACCACUCAUCUUCUCUACAAUCCCAAGAGGAAUGAUGUUAGAUUGGCGCAGACGCAGAUUUUGUUCGCUGAGGUUGACAGGAUUGCCUUUAUCAGAAACACUGUAAAUGGUCCAGAAUAUCAUCCAAUAAUUGUCUGUGGUGAUUUUAAUCUUCAACCAUUUACUGGAGUUUAUAAAUUCAUUACCGAAGGGUCUUUUAAUUAUAUUGGAAAAGGACGUUCUUUAAAUGAAAAUGGAUUUAGACGUUUGUCUAAUUCAUUAAUACCUUCUUCAUUACUUAUUACUGAUAAUUGUCAACAUUUUAAUGUAUUGACUAAAAGACUUCGUGGUUAUGGUGAUGAAAAAAUAAUGCUGUAUCGAAAUGAAGAUCCAAAUAGGCGUGUAAGAGAUUGCAAUGAUUGUACAAAUGAAGUAGACUUGGAAAGCCUGGACUAUCAGAAAGUAAAAGUAGUAGACGGCCAGUUCGCCCAUUUUUCAUCUGGAGCAUUGCAACACUCACUAAAAUUAAACAGCGUAUACAAACACCGGAACCAGCGAGGAGAGAUGGAAGCAACGACGAACCAAGGCGAGUGGAUAACCGUCGAUUACAUUUUUUAUAACGAUGUAGAGCUGACAAGUCAGUAUCUUCUACCUACCGUCAGGGAUUGCGAAUCAUUGCCAAAUAUUCCGAACUUUGUUGUUGGCAGCGACCAUCUUUGUCUCGGCGCUACUUUUAAACUAAAAAAAAAGCCCAUUGCUAGAUAG